GACCAGUCCAUCAUGGACAUUGGCAAGCACUGCCAGUACUGCAACCAGCUCGACUUUCUCCCAUUCACAUGCCCCCACUGCAAACUCACGCUCUGCUUAGAUCACCAAAAGGUCGAUGCCCACAAAUGCGCCGAAAAUCCGUUCGAAAAGACCCGGUCGGUGUCUCCGGUGUCUCAUUUACCCUCAUCCAAGACGCUCUUUCCGGAUAGGUCGAAGCACAAGGAGCAGCUUGACAAGGAGAUCGCAUAUCUCCAGGCAAAUCCUAAGCCCACUUCGCUAGCGACGUCCAAUUCCACGCCAUUGCAACGGGUGAGGAAAUUCCUCUCCAAGAGUAAAGAUAAGAGCACGUUUAAAGGAACGGGCAUUUUCGGGAUCAAGCUCGGCAAAGCCAAACCAGAAACUACUCCUAUUGCCGUGUAUCCCUCCACUAAGGAAGUUCUAGUGCUACGGAGAGAAGCCAAGGGUGACGCUAAGGUGUUGGCGGCGGAUAGGGUCUACGUCUGGGCGGUUUUCGUUCCGGAUGCGGGGUCUGAGGCGGUUCGGGAGACGAUACCGCUCUGGAUCAGCAAGAAAUGGCCUGUAGGACGGGCCUUGGAUGCCCUCGCGGCGCUGCUCAAGAUCAGAAACGUUAAUAACUCCGUCACCGACAAACUGCAGCGGUUGACCAUCUGCCGACAGGCCCGGAAGGGUGAGAAGCGGAUUAUCGAUGUGGACGAUGACGGCGAGUUGGUAGAGGUGAGCACUUCGGGGCGCUGUGAGCGCGAGUUCAAGGACGGGGAUACGUUGUAUGUGGUCAGAGGU